GUUCGAUCAGUAUCUUUAUCUCUGUGUUUGUGUUGGUGUUUCCGGAGCUGAUAAGGCUGCUGCCCCCCCAGUGUUUCAAGUGUUUCAUCGUUCUUAAUCGGAAAAGAUUUAUAAUUUGCCAAUCCGUAGCAGAGCAUGGCCAGCAACAACAAAACCGCUUCAGUGAAGAUCACCAGCAACAUGGUCAACGAGCUGCAGUUGGAAGAUUCCAAGGAGAAGCAUGUCAAGACGUCGAUUCCCAGCGAUGGCAAGUGGUUAUCGCCCCAGUUGAUGAUUGUGUUUGCCGAUGGCGAUCUUCAUUCUGCCCGCCAGCAGUUGCUUCAGUCCCUACAGAAUCCCUUUGCCGGCGAAUCGGUGGCCACGCUGCUGCUCCAGGAGAGCGUGGCUGAUCAGUUUGUGGGUCUAGUGGCCGAAGAUCUGCGACCGCUUGCCAACGACGUGGCCAAGCAUCCCAGUUAUGUCAAGACUUUGGCCAAAAUCGAUCAGCUGAAGGCCAAGGUGGUCAGGGGAAAGAACCUAAAGGCAGGCGAGGAAUCACCGCUGCUGGUCUAUGACUGCGUGCACAGUUACCUGGGUGAUGGCACCACCACCAUCACCGGUGUGGUCACUCUGCACAUAUUCCGCACCGCCAAGGAGGCCGGCGAGCUGGCUAAGCGGGAUCCUUUGCCCUAUGGCCAGGUGAGCCUGUGGAACGAGAAACUGGCCAGUGCCUACGAACUGAUUCCACGGCUACCGGGCAAUGUUGUUGCUCUCAAUUGCUUCAAUCCGGAUUUGAGUCCCAUUAAGGCAUCCUUCGAUGCGGAUCGCAACGAUGUGGCUCUCGUGAAGAACUAUCACUACGAAUCCCUAGCGUUGGGCAAUGGACAGCGAAGGAUCAUUGUCUUUCCCGUGGGCACAAUCUUUGCCAACUAGAAACUGGAAGGCAGAAAGACAACAGGAAGCCACUACGGACAGGAGGCGGACUUCCAGUGAACAAAUUCAGGUGCAUGUUCAGAAUUUACUUUGAAAUUACCUCUUUUUAAGCAUUUAAAAUGUUAGUAAUCUUUUUUUUUUAUUGAAAAUAUCAUAAAACCCUUAA